GCAGCUGUCUUCACGAAUCCUUUUGACGUCGCAAAAGUCAGGAUGCAGCUGCAGAGGUCCUGCCUGUCUGCUCUCAACCUCAUCUCUGAUGCUCCCCAGGGUCUUGAAGGAACGCAGCGGGGGCUGACGGCUGCCAUCAUUCGAGAAGGAUCGAAGAACUUCUUUCGCAUAGGCCUCUUUGAGCCCGUCCUUGACCAGCUGCAUGGCACUGAGCACAAAACUGCCCCUGUGUGGAAGCGACUCGUUGCUGGAGGAAUAUCUGGAGCAGUGGGAGCGAUGAUAUGCAACCCGAUCGAGAUAGUCAAGACAAGACUGCAAGGAUACAAGUACAAGGGCUUUCUCGACAGCUUUCGCGUCAUCACCAGGCAGGAAGGAGCGUCAGCUCUUUGGCUGGGAACGGGGAUCAGCACCAUUCGCUCGAUUCUUGCGACAAGUGCCAACAUGACAGUGAACAGCAUAAGGCAAGCCGAUUUUCUCUGCCUUCCCUCCUCUCAUCAUUAUGGAGUCUGCGCCAUGUUCUCUGGUCUUGCUUGUGUGGCUGCCAACAAUCCAGCGGACGUGAUAAGGACGCGCUUAUACAACCAACCAUUCAAGAUUGUAAAUGGAAAGCGUGUGGGCGAGUACUACCCCAGCACCUUGGGCUGUGCAAUGAGUAUCCUUCGAUCCGAAGGGCCUCUGGCGUUCUGGAAAGGGUUUACGGGCCACUACUUGCGUACAGGACCUCAUUACAUAGUUUGCUUUGUUUUCAUUGGUACACAGGACUGA